UACACCCCUCCGAUAGACCCUCAUCCACCGCAAUCCGCAACCUCUCCCGUCCUCGUAGCGCGUCCUGUUUUCUGGCCUGGACGCCCUCUGCGUCGCCCGCCAUGGCCCUCCUCAAGACGCUGCCAAUGCGACUGUCGCGGCGUCCCAUCCGUGUCCUACUCGCCGGCCUCCUUUUCGUCUUCUUCAUCCUCACAUUGACCCGCCAACGACGUUCAGCCGGCCAUGGCUCGCCCUCAGAGACCUAUUCGCGCAAGACCAAAAGUUUCUUCCCUCCCCUCAAUUCGAAACCUGGUAGCGACCCCGAUUACUGCCAAAAUUUCCCCAAAGAGCUCUUAAAGGACAUCCAGGUCGUCCUGAAGACCGGCAUGGGCGAUAAGCCCAAGAACGUCAGAGCACAUCUGAGCACCAUCACAUCGUGCAUAUCUAAUCUGGUCAUCGUGUCCGACCACGCCGAGCAGAUGGGCGACCGCCAGAUUAUCGACAUCCUCGGCGAAUUGCCCGCUUCCUAUUCCGUCAACAACACCGACUUCAAAGCCUAUGCCGACCACAAAAAGGCCCUUGCCGAAGGCGACAAGGUAAAGCAUUCAGCUGCAGGAUGGCGGCUGGACCGCUUCAAGUUUCUGCCCAUGGUCGAUAAGGCUUACACCAUGAAUCCCAAGGCUAAGUGGUACGUCUUUCUUGAGUCGGACGUCUACUUCUUCUGGGACACCCUGUUUCGGUUGCUCGAUCAGCUCGACUCCACGGAAGCACACUACCUGGGAUCACCGCGAAAGGGAUCCAACGACCGCUACUACGCUUAUGGUGGCGCCGGCAUCGUGCUGUCCCAGGGUCUGAUGAAGAAGCUCAUACCUCCGAAAACCACACCGGGCGACGGUUUCGAGAACCGGUUAGCCGUCCGCUAUGAAGAUUGGGUAAAGCCCGACUGCUGUGGAGACGCUGUGCUUGGCUAUGCUAUCCAGAAUGCGACUGGGGUGAAGCUCGAAGGGCUUUACCCGACGUUUUCGACUGAUGAGCUGAAAGAGAUCUCGGUAGAUAAAGAUAGGUGGUGUGUGCCACUUCUUUCUAUACACAAGAUGUCAGCCGAUCAGAUGGAGCCACUGUGGAAGUGGGAGCGGACACGGCCAUAUAACCUGAAACCUUUUGUAUACUCUUCACUUCUCGCAUAUACACACUCGUUCCUCAAAGAAAGUCCCUCGCGCGAAUGGUGGGACAACCUCUCCGUUGCCCCGGUACCAAAUGAUCGACCUGCGCACAGGAAUGCCGGCUCUUGCGGAUCCGAAUGCGGCGCCAACCCCAAAUGCUUACAAUGGUCAUAUUCACAGACUGUGUGCCGCUUUGCCAAUUACAUCAAGCUCGGUAACCCAGUCGAAUCAGAUAAUGGAGGACAGGGCGAGUUCACGAGUGGUUGGGAUACCAAGAAGAUGUCCGACAUGGGAUUUCGGACUGACGACGAAGGAGACAUUAACGACACUUGCAUGGAAGCUACAUGGCUAACGCCAAAGAUUCGGUGA